AUGUUUAUUAAGUAGUGUUUAAAUAAUAUGGACAUAGAAGUCACACUAGCAAUAGCCUAGACGAUCUCCUCUCUAAGUCAGAAAUCACUUUAGAUGAAAUUCUGGAUGCCGAAGUCUUGGACGAAAUUAAAAACAAUGGAGCCCAGAAGUUCGCCAUCUUGUAUUGAACCAUCUCUAUUGAGUUAGCAUUAUCAAGGAUGUCAACAACUACCAAAAAAUCAUUGAGUAUCUCCUUUCAAUGGAUUCUGACAACCCCAAAUUGAAAAGGUAAAAGCCCAUCUCAAAAUAGGUACUAAUUUCUCAUAAGUGAAAUUUUGAGUUACGAUAGCUCAAUUUUAGUUGACUAUCUAUUUGAACCAGAACCCAAUAUCCCAAAUUAUUAGGUUCAAGAAGAAUAACGCCAAAAACUCCUCCCUCUAUUAUUUUAACCAUUCCAAGCAGAUUAUCUUAAUUAUACCUAAGUAGGAUAUCUGACCAAAAUCUUUGAAUCCAUCAUAAGGAAGAGGGGUAACAGCGUAUAAAUUAGUGAAUUCAAUCUAGUUAUGGAGUUGGUUUGAUAAUAAUUAAUCCGUAUUGGAUCAUUUGAUUAAGCAUCUAGAUGUGUAUCAUGUGGCAUCAAUACUCUCCCACUUGAUCACCUCUGAAUCCACAAGUCAAGACUAAAAAUCUAAUCAACACACCACCAAAAGAAUUCAAUUACUUCUCAGAAUUCACAAAAUAUUGCUCAAUAAAGUCCAUAAUUCAGAAAUUGUACAUAAUUGCUCAGAACUAUUAACUUAAAUUUGUUCUACAACAUAACAGUUUAUCCAGUAUUUUGAUUACCCAGAACACUUCUAUACAGCAGCAGUAAUCAUUGAAUUUAUCAUUAGUGUGAUUCCUAAUUUGUUGAGUUUUUGAAUAUUAUAAUAGCACUCUUGAAAUGUCUGCCACAAAAUGAAGAAUACGACUAUACAAAGUAUUAUUCUAUAGCUCAAAAUCUACACAAAUCAUUCUCUAAUGAGUAUGUCAAUUUCGGUAAUUAGUAAUAAUAUAUUCCUAGCCUUUAUUUCAACUUUGGGCGAAAUCUCAACUGGUCUUGGUCAAUUCAAAUUAAGGCUUUUGACUAUCUAUCAUUUGCUCUUAAAAACAGAAAACGAAGAUUUAUUACGUUACAUAUAUCAUUUGGAUAUCUAUAAAACUUUGUUCAAAUACAUUAUUAAAUUUGAAUUUAACAACUAACUUUAAAUAUUAUUCAGUGAGAUCUCCAGAUUUAUUUUCAAAACUAGUUCAUUAAGUUGGAUCUAAAAUCAAAUAAAAUAAGAUUUAUUUGAAUUUAUUUCCUUAAAAAACACAUAUAUGAAAUAUAAUAUUGGAAAAAUUAAACAUCCCAUAAGAAGAGGAUAUUGUGGAAUCUUAUCUUAGCUCUCACUUGAUUUAGAAGACAUUAUUUAUGAGUCAACAGAUUGGAACUUGUAUAAAAAGUAUUUCUUGCAAACGCUUAAAAAGAUUGAGUAAAGGUACUUUUUCGAUAUUAAUCCGAAAAGUAACGAUGUUUAACCGAUAUCGAUCAGCAGUAAGGAGAACUAGCAAGUAAAUUAUUAAUUAUGAAACUAUUAGUGUGUAUCUCAGGGUAAGCCCGAUUCUGUUGAGAUCGAGUAUAACAAUAAAUAAUAUGGCAGUAGUCUUCAAUAAAUUAUAAAAUCUGGAAUCAGGAUAGGCAUUCCUAUUCAAAAUUUGCUAUCAUUUUCUGAUGUUGCUACCAAGGGGAUGGCUCUAGCAACUGCUUACGAAAAUAGAAGCAAUGCAGAACCAUCAGAUUUAGAAUUGGAUUCAUUGAAUGUUAACGAAUUGCAAAAGAAAAAGAUCUGCAAGUUUUAGAAUGAGGAUUCCCCAGAAAACAGGGACUCCAACCCUGAAUAAUUAAAUGAGGAUCAGAAUGCUACUGAUGGAAUCGAAAUGAAUUGAAUUCAUCAUUUAUAAUGUUGAG